CUGUGCUUUGCUGUGUGGAGUUGUUCCAGUCGGUGUUGGUUUGUGUUUACACUGCGCUUUACCAGAGAAAUGUCCUGAAGCUGUGGAUAUCAUCACUUUAAUUUAUCAUGUACGUGUUUUUCUGUCCGCCUUUGUUGCUCUGAAAGCUUCCAUCGCCGUAGACGUUGGUUAAACUAACUGGCUUCACGGUUGUCCACAGCAUGAAGCUGCGAGUCCGGAUCAACAAGCAGACCUGUCGGGUGGAGUUACUGGGAGAAGAACCCAGUUUGAAAGAGCUCACUGAUCACAUCAAGGAGGCGGUUCUGUCUUCUCAUGGACUCAGUGCAGACACAGAGUUCAGUUUGUCCCUGAACGGCUCCGAGCUUCUGUCAGACACCGGUCAGACUCUGUCGUCCUGCGGCAUCGUUUCUGGAGAUCUGAUCUGUGUCAUCCUGCCUGAGUCUGCAGCCACCGCUGCGCCAGACUCCUCCACCAACUCCGCCAACACGGCGAUGACCAGCAGCUCCACACAGAACCAGGGGCCACCGAUGGCUGCCAUGACCUCCAGCCAGGUCAAUGAAAUAAAGUUCUCUCCUCUCCAUGCUGAACAGCCCAGCAGCAGCAGCAGCCGUGCAGCACUGACACAGUCUGAGGGGACCACUGAGAUGCUGGACUCUGAGCCUUCCGUCCCCAGCUGGGAGCCCAUGCUGUGCAGCGAGGCAGAGGACGGUCAGGCUCCUCUCUCUCUGGAGCUCCUCUACCACACAGCACAGACCACCAGUCCCAGUGACGCCAUCAUGGUGGCCGGAAACCUGCUGAUGCUCGAAACUGGCUUCAUUCCUCAGGGCUGUGAGCCGAGGCCCGGUGAGAUGCCUGAUGGGUGGAGGUCAGCAGGUGGAGUCUACAAACUUCAGUACACUCAUCCUUUGUGUGAAAACAGCCUCGCCAUGGUGGUAGCUGUGUGCAUGGGCCCGGUGCUCGUCAUCAACGCCACUCUGAAGGCGAACGAAACAGUCAACACGGUUCGCAAACUGUGUCUCAGUCCAUCCAGCUACGUGACUGACGAGUGGCCAGGAGAAAGUGCAGCUGCAGCUUUCAAAGAUCUGAGUAAACUGUCACGAGUCUUCAAAGACCAGCUGGCGUAUCCGCUGAUCGCUGCAGCCAGAGAAGCGAUGGCUCUGCCGGUGGCGUUCGGUCUGGCCGCUCUUCCUCCGGAGCUUCUCCUCCGAGUCCUCAGACUGUUGGACGUUUGCUCUGUGGUGAGACUGUCCUCUGUCUGCAGACACUUAAGCGUCGCCACAGCUGACUCUACGCUGUGGAGACACCUGUUCCGCCGAGACUUCAACGAUCCAGAUCCAAACAGGUCCAGAGACACAGACUGGAAAGAGCUUUAUAAAAGGUUUUAUAAACUCCGCUGUGAACAUAGACGUGCUGCUCGUCACCGCUCCCUCCCGCCCUUCCACCGAAACCCUCGAGACAUCUUCUCCAUGCCUGUCCCCCUUCACCCCCAGCUGCCCGGUAUCAUUGGGGGGGAAUACGAUCAGAGACCGAACCUCCCCCACGGCUUCCUGCCCCACCCCCGCUACGACCCCAUCAGUUCCCCUCGAGAUUACGAUCAACCUCUGGGCAACUUCCGCAGAGCCCGGCCGACAGGGGGACGACCUGCAGACGUCCGACGAGGAUUCAUCUGAUAACUGAGGCCAGAGUCUGGUUUCAGGACUGAUCAGAGCUUCUGCAAUAAAAACCAAGAUCUGAACAACACCAGAGUUAGUUAGUGUAAAGUUCUGUCUCCUGAAAGACAAAGCUCCACUUCAGUUCCUGAGGAAACAAACUGGGCAUGUUAUGUGUUCAGGGUCUGACAGUCGGGGGCCCCUGACAGUCGGGGCCCCUGACAGGUUCACUGGGUCUGUGUUUAUCAGUUUGAGAUUUUAUUAAAUGCAGAUUUGUUUGGGAAU